CCUGUUGAACCGGCCCCGCGUUGGCUUCUGUUGGGGUCCCCGCGACAGAUGCGUGCAGAGCUCCGUGAGGCCUCGACGAGUCCGUCUCAUGCAAAGCUUUGCAGGACGAUGGAUGGCACCGCCACUCAGGUGAGAGGACGAGCAGCCUCCAGGCCAGGCAAAGCAGAGCACGUGAACCAUCAUGGCGUGAAUCAUCGUGUGUGCUGUCUGCGUGUGAUUGUGUGUUGUCAUUCGGUCUCGUGCAGAUGAGUGAAAUGGGCACGAGGGAUCAGCUGCUCAAACAGAUUCAGGCCUAUCAGGCGAAUCAGGCCAGGGUAGGUAACCAACACACUCACUCAGUCACUCAUUCAGUGCAUCCGUCGCUCAUCGGUUGCUUUGUGUUGUUUGUGUGUGCUGUGGUGUGCAGGUCAACAAUGGCAUCGGCCGACUCACUCAGAUGGACACCGCUAUGAUCACACCACUGGUGCGGCCAGACUGCCACACAAUGACAGCACAAAGGACUCUGUGUCAUGCUCUCUGUGUCAGAUGGUGGCCAAUGUCAGUCGUCAACUCGCCAAGGAAUCGGCCCGUCUGGCCCAGCUGGCGGACAACAUCGACUCGACCAUCGCACUAACAACACACACCCACACACAGGUGAGAGGGAGACCACACAAUCACACACACAGCUGCCUGUGUGUCUUUCUGUGUGUCGUCAGGCUCGACGGCUGCACGUGUCUGACAUUCCCGCCGAGCCGAUGAGCAUCGUCCUGGCCGCUUCAAGCCUCACGACCGUCGGCCGCUUCAAGGGGACAGCCCGCCACUUCAGAAACGCCCUGCGGCCCAUCAUCCGCCGUAUUCGGCUGCCGAAGGCCAUCGAGGUGGCGGGGGUGGGCGGUGUGGUGCAGUUCGACGAUCAGCUGAGCCAUGGCGAUGUGAUGAAGGCCAUGUGGGUGAUGGAGGAGAGGGGCGAGGGCGGCUGGGGGGAGGUGGCCGACACACUCAGAUUCGCUGAGCAUUGGGGCCAUUGUCAGCUGCCGGUCACUGUGGGUGCCGGAGAUCUGCAGACACACGCCACCAAGGCGGUUCGCACCACACACACGAGAUGGGAGGCAAUGGGACAGUGA